AGACCAUUGAAAUACAUGGGCUUUUGGUUAGGCCCGUAUGUUGUCUUGUUCCUCUCUGCGUCCCCGUCUCUCUCAAAACGUAGGGUUUAAGCUUCCAUUUCACCGAUUCGGCAAACCAUGCAAACCCUUAAACGCAUAGCAACACAGACCGAGCUCCACCGACUCUCGUCCACAAUCGCCAAAACCCAAUUCAUUUCAGCCGCCAAUCUCCGAGCCUUUUCCUCCAACUCAAAGAAAGGCGGCGGCGGCGACGACGACUGGAACGACGCGUGGGAGACGGCGUGGCUCCCACCCGACCUCUCGGGAAACAACAGCAGAGCUCCAUGGGAGACCGACGUCAAUUUCUCGUCUCCCGAGUCGAGCAUCGUGCUUCCGUCGGACGCCGACCCCGAGACGAAGGCGUUCGUGGAGGACAUGAAUGAGAAUUGGAACGAGAGGCGGAAACCCAAAGAGGAAAGGAAGCAGUAUCGGCAGAGCCAGAGUGGGUCGUCGCUUUAUAGCUUGGAGAGCUUGAAGAAGGACUAUCGGGUGAAGAAACAGAGGAUUCACGCUGGCCUUUGGAUGAAGGAGAUUGAGAAGCAGGAGGAGGCUAAAUUGGUCGACUCGAAUUCGAUUGGCGGGGGUGACGACAUCGAGCGAUUGCUCGAUAGUUGCGCUGACAUUUUUGACUCCCCUAACAACGAUUUGGAGAACUCUAAAGCUCCGAGUGCUUCUGACCACAAAAACAAACCUGAUGGUUGGGAAACUACAUCCAAGGCUGCAGAGGGAAAUAUAUGGGAGAUGACACAGAGAGAAGAAGAUAUACUUCUUCAAGAGUUUGAGCGUCGGAUUGCAUACAAUAAAUUUCAGAUUGCUAGUUUUAUCAAGACUCACAUAUUUAGCCGGAGGAGACCAAUUGAUGGGUGGAAAUACAUGAUAGAGGAGUUAGGGCCAAAUGCGAGGAAAGGAAAGGGUUCUGUUUCCAGGCUACCAAGUCUAUCCGAUGCGUCAACCCAACCCUUCAAGGAGGAGAAGACUCUGAUGAGCAGCAGCAGUCUUUCAUCCUAUAAGGAAAGGUAGUUUGGUCUUAGGCCACUUUCAUACAUUCCGUUUCUGCCUACGGGAGAUAUCAGCACCGAAUGUAUUCAUAGUUACCGUAUCACUUACUGCAAGUUUUGAUAUCUGGCUUUCUCAAUGUACGACGGUACCAUCCCUUGGCAACUGAAAGUGCAAUUAGUGCAAGUGAAUAUAUGCCAAGAUCCUAUUGCCCACAUUUUCGCUAAAAUUAAUCGAUUACCAACGAGAGAAACUUACAAGCAUGGAAGUUUUAUGGUCGGUGGAGUUCAAGACCGGUCGGGAGACCAAGAUGACAAUAUCCCAAACUAUGUACGCGAUGACAUGUGAACGAGUUAAAGCAAAAAGGUAUGGUAAUCAAUAGAUAUUGCCAUCUCAGUAUUCUCGUUUCAUGUAAGUUUUUUGCCGGGGCAAGUUCCAACGAAAAAAGGUGCGCGUGACAGUCACUAGAUACUGCUAGCUUGGUAUUCCAGUUGCAUGAACUUUUUGAAAUUUAUUGAAUGCAAAAAUUGAAGGAUUUGGAGUUACGGUAUUUGAGUGCCUGAUUUUCUGGCGUGAGCUCAAAACAAUUCAAACGCUGCCGCCGCCGUGCCAGCGCCGCAUGGCUGAUGAUAUUGAUUGCCAAGUCGGCACGUCUGGGUCAAAGACUCACACUUUCGCCCACACACUACUCCGUCUACCAAGAUCUCAGCCUCAUUUCUCUUUUACAAUCCUGCAUAAAAGUCUCAGAAGUCUCACAGAUCCAUGGCUGCAUGGUCAAUACUGGUCUCGACCGCCUUCCUUUUCCCUCCAGCAAGCGUCUAGCCUCUUCCAUCCAAGACAUCCAAUACGCCGCCGCCAUUUUCAACGGCAUACAAAACCCAUAUGUCUUCAUGUUCAAUACCAUGCUCAGAGCCUACUCCAUCAGCGAUGAUCCAAAGCAUGCUUUUCAUAUCUUCAACAACUUGAGAGCUUAGAAUAUCACGCUGGACCAGUUCUCAUUCGUCGCGACAAUCAAAGCCUGCGCUCGUGAAUCGACCAUUGGGAUCGGCCGAGGGAUUCAUGGGGUUGUUAUGAGGUCUGGUUUUGGACUGUUUGUCAAUGUACAGAAUACCCUUUUGCAAUUUUAUUGUGUUUCCGGAAAAAUUGAAGAUGCCCGGAAGGUGUUUGAUGAAUUUCCUCAAAGAAAUGAUUCGGUUUCGUUGAA